ACUUAGAUGAAUGCCAACAUGAUCUGAAUUAUUGUCACAAGCUGGCCACGUGUACAAAUGAACGUGGCUCGUACAAGUGCAAGUGUAAAGCUGGAUACCCUGGAGAUGGAUUUGAUUGUUAUUACAGCUAUGCAGGCCUAGGUUAUUCGGAAAUAUUGGCAAACGAUGACAAUUACCUUGGAACCCUGAGCAGUUGGUUAAGCCCUGUUGUGCAGAGCCAGUCCGCUUACUGGAAGCGCUGUUGGAGAGCAUCAGUGGAUGGUUGGGCCAGCACUACCUUCCACUCAUUGUGUGACAACAAAGGGCCGACAGUGACUAUUGUCCGUGUGGGAAAAUACAUCACUGGUGGAUACACCAGCACGUCAUGGAAUAACAAAGCAUUCAGUUUAAGCAUCGAAGAGCAACUGAAAUGGCUAGGUGCGAAUCAACACGUGUUUAAACACGUUGCUCUAAUAAACGUGACUUGUAGUUUCUGGUAUUACCUUAAAGCUUCCAGUUGUGCGUACCGGUACAGUUCAUCGGCCUUUUUAUUCUCAUUGGUUAACAAGCCAGGCUGGCGACCAGUGAAACUGUCUCAAAAAGGAGUGUAUGCUUCCCAUAAUGCUUAUUCCAUGUACGGUUGUCACGACCGUGGACCCUCAUUUGGUGACGGACACGAUCUUUGCAUUGCCAGCUGCGCCUCAUCCAACACAAAAUCCUAUACACACCUUGGAAACACUUACAGUCCACCAUCUGGCCACAGUUAUGGCAGCUCCUUCACCAAAUCAUUCCUGGCAGGAAGUUACAAAUUUCAGCCUGAUGAAGUUGAAGUGUUUUAUGAAACUACUUGA